AUGGAUUGGAAGAUUUAUGAACGUAAUACGUACCAUUCGGAGAGUGAUGUUAGGCUAGCUAACAAGACAAUUACCAUAGAUACACUCGGUGACUUCUUGUCCAAAAGGAUUGACCGUUACAACAGGGAUGGCAUGAGACACUCACUUUUCGCGUUAAUUCUAUGUCAUAAACAUAAUUUUUGCCAUCUAUUAGCUGUUAAGAAUGCCAAGGGAGAAUUAUGUCUGCUGGGUGGGAAGAAGACCUUGUACAAUAGCGACAAAGAGUGCCUAAGGAGCAAAUUGCAAAAAUACAUUCGCCCACCCAAAUCGUUAAAAAACUCACUAGACAUAGCAGCUUUCGACUCACAUGUUGAAAUAGGCCAAGUGGUGGCCCAGUGGUGGAAGACUAAAGUUGACGGCCGUUAUCUGCCAUACAUCCCACCACAUGCCAGCACUUGUGUAGAGACAGCCACAAUAUUUCAGGUUACAGUGCAACCUGGCUGUAUAUUUCAAUUGCCACCUGGGCAUACUUUAGUGGCAGUAUCUCUGAUUGAUUUGAUGGAGGAAGAAUCGAUACUGUGCGGUGUGCCGCACGUUGUUUGCAGACACAAGAUAUUGUAUAUGACCCAUGCAAAUUAA